AUGCCCCACGAAAGGUUAACCGAUAUCUUUGACGUCUCCAGGUUAACACUCAAGUACCCAUGGCUGGACUAUCGGAACAGGACCAAAGAAUUCCGAAAAGCCGUGGCUCCUGUCCACCUGCCCUUGUCCUGCCACCAGGUGUCAAAGGAAGUGUAUCCCCCAAGUCCAGAGUGCUGGAGACAGUACUGCAAGACCUUGAAUGUGCUCCCUUACUGCUACUCUGAGACACCAGAGACUGCCAUGUUCUGGAACAUGCUGCAUGACGAGAAAGAGAAAGGGGAGACCCAAAGGAUGCUACGGAAAAUGAAAGAGCGGCGAAAGAGUUGUGAUUUCUUACCUAGGUACCCCCAAAAGGACACUCACAUCCAAGACUUCUAUCUCCCCAUGAGCAAGCUGACUGCAAAACCUCGGAUGGCACCCAGGCUUUUAGAGCCUGCCAGCAACUCUCUGAAGUGGCAAAGACUAAAGGAACUCUCAAAAAGCCUGAAAUCUCCCCAGGAGGAUGAGCAGGUGUAUGCAGCACAGGCUCUAGGGUACCUGGGCAACAGUGACAAGUUCAUCAUGGACGCACUGUGGCAGGUGGCCCAAACUGGUUCGGAGAAAGUGAAGUAUGAGGCCUACCGAACCCUGGCCAUCUUGGGUUGCCUGAAUAAGCACGUAAUCUGUGCCCUCAUUAAACACCUUAAGGGGCAAGAUAAGGGUAGAAGGAUGGAGACUCUUACUGGGCUGCGAGUGGCUCUGAACUCCUGGGCUGCUGUUCCUGAAGACAAGAGGACCAAAGUUGGAGAUGAAGAAAAACUGGUGCUUGUGCUGCAGACACUGAUAAAGAAGUUGUUAAAUGAAGCAGCCCUGGAGGCAGCCUUGUGCUUGGGUUUCCUGAGACCCUGCAGCAACCUGGCACAAGAGUUCUUGCUGAAGUGCCUGUGCCAAGGGCCCAAGACACAGCAGAUGAAGGCACUUAGGAUGCUGGUCAAGAAGAUGCAUGUUCAUUCAGCUGCAGUCAUCAGGUCCAUUCUAGACCAACUGUGCUCUUCCCAUGUCCUUGAUGACCGCUAUGAAGCCAUCCAGAUGCUCCGGACCAUUGGGCUGGAACAGAUCCAGGCACAGGGUCUAGAGGAGCUCACCUUUGACCUUCUCAGGAAGAAGACACAUAACGAACCCUUUCUUGCUAUGAGGCAGGCUGUGGUGAGAAUUGUGGAGGAGCUCAGGAUGAAGCCUAUGAUGAUGGAAGUAGUGGAAGAGCAACUGAUGAGCCCUAAUGCAACUGCACGCCAGGAAGCCAUCACCUCUUUGGGUGUUCUAGGGGUCCGCAGCACGCAAGUAUUCCACCUGCUCCUGGACAUGCUAGACGUAGAAGAGAACCAGGCUGUGAAGAAAAGUCUACAAGAAACCCUCAUCCUUUGGUCCUCAACUGAUCCUUGGAUCCAAAGCAAGCUGAAGGACAAGAUAUUCUUUGUAUAUGAGGCACCUAAGAUCAGUGUGGAGGAAGCACCGAUAAGAUUCCGUGAGAAGCCUGAGACCCCAGAAAAGUUAAAUAUCCAAGACUUCCACCUUGUUCAGCUAAAUCCCUUGUUCAUCACAAGGUCCUGCACCAAAAGGGACAAAAAGAAAAGGAUGCCUGUCUUCCUGUCCUGUUUCCAUCAGGAACCCCAGAUGCAGCCUUUGGGAAACUGGCAAUCAAAGAUUAGAAACAAGACCUGCAGUCUUUCUGGUACUUUCAAAUGUCAGCCCUCUGGGCAUACCCCCUCUCCCUGA